AUGGCGCCCAUGAAAUCACCGAAAUCGAGUCAUAGUAGUAGUAAUUAUGGCGAGGACAUUGUGCGUCAAGCCAAUAUCCUCGCCAGCUGCUACGGGCCGAGUGGUAUUCCUGAGGUCCCUUCGACGGGACUUCCAUCGCCGCCAUCAAGCCCCCCCCUCGCGGCCCUUACGUCGACCAACCAGCUCGCGCUGACCCCCAAGGCGAGGUCAACAUCUGCGCGCGGGCACAGCGUCGGUCGUCAUGGCUCAGGCUCUUCUGCCGAAUCAGGCAGUAGCGCCUGGCAUCGCCGCCGAGGGGGGGCAACACUGCGCAUCAGGGAAGAAUGUGAGAGGUUCUUUUGCGAGUCGCUGCGCGCCAUGCUUCUGGGUGAGAGGAACGCGGCGCUGCAGGGCUCGGGCCUGGCCAGUGUUUACAGCAACAACUACGACAACAACAACAGCUACAACGGCAGCAUCACCAACAAUGCCAGCCGGAGUGACGGACGUGCGCAGGCAGUGGGAAACCACGGCCAGCUAACUCCGCCCGACGACUAUCCAAUCGGGGAUGAAACCUUGAUGGGCCGUCGGGGCUUCGGUGCCCCCGGCAACGUGCUAAGCUGGCUGGAAAUAUGGGACUAUGCCGGAGGCUCAAGUUUCCGCGGCUUCGUCGCUUGUGAUGCCCGUCGUGGGACCAGGUCGCUGUUUGUUUUCUUCGAUGCACAUUCCAUUUCUCGCGACCUGAAGCAGGCACUCGUGGCUCUCAUCGAGCUGGCCGAGGGCCCUCUUGCUUGCUCGCACAUGGUCAUCUGCAUCGAACGGUCCUUGCCCCAGGAGGAAAUGAAAGGAUUGACCAAGGGUCUUCAGUGGGCUGGUUUCUCGCUCACCACACUCGAUUUCUGGUCUCCCGGGGUCGACGUCCUGAGCAAACGGUGGUUGUUCAUGGGCAUGGAGUUAUGA